AUGCCUCCUAAGGGUAAGACUUCUUCCAGAAGUCACGGUGCCAGAACCGCCACAGGUGUCCGAAUCUUUAAUUCGAGUAACAGUUUGUCUUCUCAUUCGUCGAACCCCUCUCAACGUACACAGUUUGCGACGCAGUCGGCAAGCCAUUCACACCAAAGUCGACCUUCUCAGUUUCCGCUGACGACAAAUCCAGCGCCGAUAACGAGUCCAUCACCAAGUACCCAUCCACCGUCAAGGGAAGAUCCUGAACCGCGGAGGGAACUUACACCGCCGGGUACAAAUCCACCGCGGAGGACAAAUCCUCACCAACUGCCUCCUCAUCAACCGCAGAGGACAAAUCCUCACCAACUGCCUCCUCAUCUGCCGCCUCCUCAUCAACCGCCUCCUCUUCAACCAGAGCAACUGCCUCCUGAUCAACCGCAACAAAACCCUAAUCAUGAAGAGGAAGAUAAUGGCGAAGAAGGAAACCAAGAGCAACAAAAUCCAAAUGUCGAUUACUACCAAGAGCUUUUGGAUGGUUUGCUAAGACUUCCAGGCCGAGAACAUCUACCACUCUUGUCUGAGCAUCCUAUCCCUGGCGUCGAAACGCUAUGGUUUAACCGGCAGAAAGGUCAGCUGUCUCGAGCGAUUUAUGGAAUAUUGAGGAGAAAGUUUGAUGGGCCUUACUACAGUUGGAAGGUUACUCCAGUCAACAUUCAAGAGCGAUAUUUCAUGAUAUUUGCGCGGAAGUACAAUUGGAAUAUCGGCAUUACUGAGCUCGUUAAAGCAGGUUUCUUGAAGAUAGCCAAGAAAAGAAUGAAAGGAAUUGUCAGUCAAGCUAGGAGGAGUGGUGUACAACCACCAUGGAUUGAAACUCUGAUCGUGGAGGUCUUGGAGUGCACAAACACUUAG